CCGUCCUUUCAGUGCAAGCCCGGCUCGUAUUUGCCCACCCCCAAGUGGGCGGCCCCACUCAAGCGCGGUGCGCCAUUCACACCACCACCGGUGUAUUCACUUAAUUACCACGCCCGUUUGUUCAACUUUCUUUUCCAUCAUUCAUUCAUUUGGCUCGCUUCUCGCCACUGCCGAAUUUCAAUCCCACAAUAAAAUUCUGCAAUUUGAUUGAUGCCGACUGUCUUUGCAUAUAAAAACUACCCUAGAUAACGAGCGAUUCAAGGUUAGGGUUUUGUUGUUGAAUUGCUGAGAAGAUGGUACCAUGGGGUGGACUCACUUGUUGUAUGAGCGGAGCCGCUCUCUAUCUCCUUGGCAGGAGCAGUGGAAGGGAUGCGGAGGCUCUCAAAUCUGUCACUCGAGUUAAUCAAUUGAAAGAUAUGGGACAGUUACUAGAUACUGCAUCGAAAAUUUUACCUUUGGUUGUUACUGUUGCUGGAAGAGUUGGUUCGGAUGCACCGAUCAGUUGCGAGUACAGUGGUUUACGGGGUGUAAUAGUGGAAGAAACAGCAGAACAGCACUUUUUGAAACACAAUGACGCAGGAUCGUGGAUACAGGAUUCUGCUUUGAUGCUAUCCAUGUGUAAAGAGGUUCCCUGGUACCUGGAUGAUGGGACUGGUCGUGUAUAUGUAGUAGGGGCUCGAGGUGCUACAGGUUUGGUUUUAACAGUUGGAAGUGAAGUCUUUGAGGAGUCAGGGAGGUCUCUUGUACGUGGAACAUUAGAUUAUCUCCAAGGUCUCAAGAUGCUUGGAGUCAAGAGAACCGAACGUGUUCUUCCAACUGGUACACCCUUGACUGUUGUUGGUGAGGCUGUCAAAGAUGACAUUGGAACAAUUCGCGUUCAACGACCUCACAAAGGGCCAUUUUAUGUUUCUCACAAAACCAUGGACCAGCUCAUUGCAAACCUUGGGAAAUGGGCAAGGUGGUAUAAAUAUGCCUCAGUAGGGUUUACUGUGUUUGGUGUGUAUCUGCUGGCUAAGCAUGCAUUCCAGUAUGUCAUGGAAAGAAGGCGCCAUUGGGAAUUGCGAAAAAGGGUUCUUGCUGCAGCAGCUAAAAGACCAGGCCCCGAUAAUGAAGGUUCAGAUGGUAGAGCUGAGAAUGGAUCAGAUAGCACUAAAAAAGACCAAUUAAUGCCAGAUCUGUGUGUAAUAUGCUUAGAGCAGGAGUACAAUUCUGUUUUUGUCCCAUGUGGACACAUGUGCUGUUGUACAGCGUGCUCUUUACACUUAAUAAACUGUCCACUUUGUCGGCGACGGGUUGAGCAGGUGGUGAGGACUUUCCGGCAUUGAAGCUGCACACUUAAGAGUGUACACCUCAGAGGUGACUCCGUCAAGUACAAAAAUAGAAGUUGGGCAUUUGUAGCGAGAAGGUUACUUUACCACAAGUUAUUAGAUACUCUUGGAGCACGAUGUGGCACAGGUUAGCUAAUGCUAUGCACUAGUCAUUGCUUGACACUUUAGCUCACUUCCAGUGGAUCCCAUGACUUUUGUGGACCCCGCACAACUGUUAUCCACUCAAUAAUUUCCAAUUAAUUAUCCAUCUAAGAGAUUCUUACAGAUAAGAUUGUUAUUGUCAGAAUUUUACGCCCUUAGAGAAUCUUGUUGUAUAUAUUUAGUCAUGUGAGUUCUUUUUUUCAUUUCUUUUUUCUUUUUUCUGAAGCAGCAUGAUAAUGUUGUUUGAAACAGCUAAAAAGUAAUAAAUCCCUUGAUGACUUCUUUAA